ACUUCUCCUCCUGUUGUGGUUAGAACCACUUUGAACCACAGGGAGUAGUACACACCAUUGUAGGAGAUCUUCACUUCCUUUGCAAUUUCUCUCAUGGAAUAGCCUUCAUUUCUCAGAACAAGAGUAGACUGACGAGUUUCAAUGGAAAGUUAUGUUUUUCUGGCCAUUUUGAGACUAUAAUUGCACACACAAAUGCUGAAGCUUCAGAUACUGAACUAGCUAAAUGAAGACCAAUUUUAUUGCUUCUUUAAUCAGUUUUCCGCUGUGCUAACAUAAUUGCACAAUGAUCAGUUAGCCUUUUAACAUCAUAAACUUGGAUUAGCUAACAGAAUAUGCACAACAUAUCACAUAUAAUUUAUAUACAGUCUAUGGUUGUGCCUGUAAGAGGAGAAGAUGACCACGUGACUGACGUCAGCCAGUAGGAGGCGCUGUCUCCACUGCUAGUAAAAACCAAAUAAGGAAAUGACGCGCUGCGCGUGGUGAUGGUCUCAAAUAGAAAACGGCUUUAUCCACACCGGGAUCGUGUUGGAGCUGGUUGGAGGGACCUGGUGGUGAAGGAAGCAGAGGAGUCCAUCUAUUGAUGAUUGACAUCUCCAGUCAGGUGUGGAUGUUUGAGGGCUUCUGGUGCAGCUAGGUCAUAUCCAGUUAACCGAUACCAGAUUUCCCUUUCGCAGAACAGCUUUUAAAUAAAUGUAGAAAAAUCAUCAUCACAUGCUAGCUGUUAGCUGAUGGUUCUGAGAUUGGAUUCUGGUAGUUGUCUUGUCAUUUGACAGGAUGGGGGACAUCGCAGAGAAUGAAACCAGAUUUUACUCCAACGCUGAGGACUACUGGAAGGAGGUCUCUCCCACAGUAGAUGGCAUGCUGGGAGGUUACGGCAGCAUCUCAAGCACUGAUAUAAACGGAUCCAAAGCUUUUCUGAAGAAGUUCCUUGGUGAAGGGGAGGGGAAGACGGGCCCCGGCUGUGCUCUGGACUGUGGAGCAGGUAUUGGGAGGAUCACCAAGCGUUUGCUGCUUCCUCUGUUUAAAACUGUGGACCUGGUGGACGUGACCCAGGAGUUCCUGGACAAAGCUAAGCCAUACCUGGGAGAGGAAGGCAAGAGGGUGGGGAACUAUUUCUGCUGUGGUCUACAAGACUUUGUUCCUGAGAGUGGACGCUAUGAUGUAAUUUGGAUCCAGUGGGUCAUCGGCCACCUGACAGAUGACCAUCUGGUGGAGUUCUUGCGGCGUUGCCAGACAGCGCUACGGCCCAACGGCCUCAUCGUCAUCAAAGACAACGUGUCGUAUGAAGGCGUGGUCCCAGAUGAGGUUGACAGCAGCGUUUGUCGGGAUUUAGAAAUAGUUCGCAGCCUCGUGGGCAGAGCGGGCCUCCGAAUCAUCCACGAGGAGCAACAGAUGGACUUCCCAAAGGAGAUUUAUCAAGUCCACACACUGGCCCUCAGAUAGAGGAUGGGGGAAGGGCGUUUCUAACAUGCUUGUGUAGCCAGGAGCGUGUUUUACUGUCUGUUUCUAACUCUGACUGAUGCUGUGCCGCCACCAGAUGACAGACUUCAGCAUCAGUUUAUGAUCAUUUAGCUAAAUCGUUUUUUUACUGCACACAAACAUGAAAUCCUUCAAGGAGAGAGAACGUCUGGAUGUCUGCCGGAUGCAGCUUAGUCUUCUUCACGGUCAUUUUCCCCUCAGUUUCUGGCCUCCAUUCUGGUUGGGUCUCCCCGUAUGGGAUGAUUGUUUUCUAAGAAAGUGUUUCUCUUGAAUAACUUAGGAAUUCCAAUUGAAAUUUUUACAAGACAAAUUUACCACCAUUUCUGGUCCUUAGAGGACAAAAAAGUCCUCUCCCAAAAACUGCUAUGAAGACCUUACAGAGUCAUAUUUUUUAACGCAUUAAACUUCAUUCCUGAUUAAAACUAAAAAAUACAAAAUUAUUAAAAAUAGUUUAAUCCUUUAAAUACAUAUUUAAUGUUGCUGGUUUUAGAAUCUAAAAACAUAAAAUUAGUUAUUUUCCAUAUAAUGGAAGGGGGAUUUUAAAGAUCAAAAUCUAUUUUUAUUUUAUUACUUACUUACUUUAUUAAAGUAUGUUUAAAAUUAAUUUUUAAAAAAAUCUCCACCUCCCAGAAAUGUAUUUUAUGAAAAAUAACUUAUUUUUUAUUAAAAACAGCAACAUCGUGUAGUCAAACUGGCAUUUAAAGAGUUAAAAUAAUUAGAGUUUUAAUCAGGACUGAAGUUGACUGAAAGGUAGAAAUACAUAUUAAUCUAUAUUGUUUUGAUAGCAGAUUUUGGGAGAGGUUUUUUUUUCUCUAAUGGGCUGAAAGGGUGGGAAAUUAAAGCGACCCACACAACGCUGCAGAUUUAACACAAAUAAAUUAAUCCCAGCCGUCUCUCUGCGGUAGACUUUAUUAAAUAUGAAUUUGGAUCCAGUGACGGUGAGUUUGGGUAUUUAGUAACAUGGAAAAGAGAUGUGAGCAGCUCUACAGCGAGCGUGGGGAGUCAGUGGGAGAAAUCUGACUCUUUAACUCAGGAAAACUACAGUAAAAGAAGAUGGAAGCAGAAGCCUUCUGUUGGAACUUCACAUGCUGAGACUUUUUCUUAGGAAAACCUUUCCAGACUGUAUUACACAGACGUUUUCACAUUAAAGUCCAUAAAUUAAAGUUUGGGUGAGGUUGUAUUUACACCACUCAGAAAUCCAGACUCUGUUUACCACGUUUAGAAGGAGUCACGUAUUUGCAUCACAGAAGAGCCGAUUGGACUCUACAAAGUCCACCAUGGAUUUCCAGUAAAAGUACGACAAGAAGAAGAUAUGUUUCCAUGUUGGUUAUAUUUAGUGUUGGCUAGUAACGCCGUUACUUUUGUCAGUAACUAAUACUCUAAUGCACUACUCUUUAAAUAAAGUAACUUCGUUACAUA